GAAGAGGACUCCCGGGAAGAACCUAAAUGUCUCGAGUCGGAACAGAAGAUGGUAUCAGACGGCCCGUCUGAGGACAGUGACCUCAAGGACGCCUAUCUCAUUCCGAGAAACAUCAUGGCUGAGCCAGACUACGUGGAAGAUGACAAUCCGGAGCUAAUUAGGCCUCAGAAACUAGUCAAUCCUGUCAAAACAUCCCGCAACCAUCAGGAUCUUCACAGGGAACUUCUCAUGAAUCAAAAAAGGGGUCUUGCCCCUCAGAAUAAGCCAGAACUGCAAAAGGUAAUGGAAAAGAGAAAACGAGAUCAAGUAAUAAAGCAGAAAGAAGAAGAAGCACAAAAGAAGAAAUCUGACUUGGAAAUAGAACUAUUAAAACGGCAGCAGAAGCUGGAGCAGCAUGAACUUGAGAAGCAGAAAUUGCAAGAAGAACAAGAAAACACCCCAGAGUUUGUGAAGGUUAAAGGCAAUCUCAGGAGAACAGGCCAAGAAGUGGCCCAAGCGCAGGAGUCGUAGGCCUGGGCCACAGAGACCGCGCGCCCAGCACACCACACGGGGAGGCCGUGUGCAGGUGUCUCCACAGCACUUAAGCUCAGGGCAGAAGCCCCUGGAGAGAACCCCAGCCAGCAGAGAAUUGUUACUUUAAAAAGGAUUUGGUUUUGGUUUUCCUACAAUCUGGGUGGAUAAAUGACCUGUGACAGUUGAUUUCUAUUCGCCAAAUGAAGGACGUUGACCAGCACUUAAGUUGGGAUAAGUGAACCUGUGUUCAAAGACUUAAAAAAAAACAAAAACAAAACCACAACAGCAAAAAAGAAAGAGGACACUGGAAUAAAUUCUUCACAAUUGCACUACUUGGUUUUUCUUUCAGUCCAAGUUUAGUGGGGCAGAGAGCCUUUCUCCUUCUAAAAUCUAAAACAAAAAAACAAAACGUGUUUUGUUUUUUCCUUUAGGUAUCUGCUAGAUAAUUUAGAUCACAUAGAAAGGCAUUGAUCUGUUACAUCUUAUAUUUGUAAAUUCUCUGUUGAGAAUCCAGAAUUGUCUUGUGUAGUCCUACUGUCACCCGUGUUAGGUUGACACCUGAGAAUGUUGAUGUUAAUGUUGAGCACAGCUGUUACCUUUGUUGGCAUUAAGAUUCAGAAAUAGGGUGAGAAGGUUUAAAAACAUGGAAACAAAAAUACCUAAAAAUGCGCAAACAAGUUACAUGUAAAACAUACGGAAACAAAAAACACAUAAAGGUCCGUCUUGAUCUUAUUUUAAUUGCUUUUGGUUCUCUGAUACUAGAAUGCUCCAUAGUGACAGUCCAGUUCAGAGAAGGCACAUUGUAUAAAUCCAAUUCUUGCUUUGAUAACUAUUAGGAUCUUGUUUUGUUUUGUGUUUGAAUUUCUUGCCGAGCCUAGUCCCUUUAUAUGAAAUAAUCCUUCCGCUCCUUUGGAGUAUAAAAACUAGUUCCAUAUAACCCAACUUCAGUGUCAAACGUAGAGGGUCCAAAUCUUUGAGAACAGUGUGGGGGAAGCUCCCAUUGGGAGCCAGGCAAGGAGGACUUGUCUGGGUAUUCUAAUGUGAAACAAACGUAGAUCAGUCUCCAGGAGGCCUAGGUGGAAGGUUGAUAGCAUCUGUACAUUUUGGAUGUCAUUAGAAUUCCCAGUUUUGGAAAUUUCGGAUCAAGGAUCACAUACUGCUUUGCCUUGUUUUUUGUUUUUUGUUUUUUUUUCCCGGUGAAGAAAGACUCUUUCGCUGCUCUGUCAGCGGUGAUGACCACUGUAUGCACCUCAGGAAACGCUGAGGUGAAGGGAGAGGCCGCCCAGCUUCCGCACACCAGCUAGCUUGCUAUCGUGAGUGAGUCCCAGGCAGACAACAGCGAAAUCCUUACGCAAAGUACGUUUUAUUACCGCUGGUACAUUUUACUGGGGGUGAUCUGGAAGAAUUCAUGUGGAUUCAGUAUGUUCUCCAUCCAGACGAUUCAGCCAGUAAUUUCUACAUUGCAGGGUCCCCUCCUUUAAAGGCUCAUAGAAAACUGGAUCCCGAGCUUUUAAUCCUAAUAAGCAUAGUAGAAAUUAGCUUUCUGUGGGAAUGCUUUAGUUUUCAUUGUUGACAGGCUCAUACUCAGUCCUCAUGUGAACAAGAUGAAGGUAAACACAGAGACAGCACAUACUGCCAGUUAGAGGACAUGUCGACCACACCCGCAGUGGGUGAUUUCUCACCAGUGGGUAUUAUUUGAACGAAACGUGAGAUGCUGAAGAUAAAAUGUUGCUCUGUCAUAGUCUACUUUUGAAGGAUGGAAUGGUAACUUUUUUUUUUCCAUCCUCUUUCUUUUUGAGAGAAGAAGGUAUGUCACGUGAUCCUCUUGAAGGUACAUUUCUGAUUGCAUGCUGACUGGAGUGCUGUCUUUGUGUAUAUGGACUAAUGAUGAGAUUUGCAGGAUGAAGAUUCAGGACUAGCUCAUAGCCUUUCACCUAACUGGAUGUUGGAUCUUAAGUCCUGAGUCUCUGAAGUAAUUCUGCCACUCGAUAGAAUUCUCAAGGGUCCCCAACAGACUCCUUCAGAAGGACCGAUUCUGUUCCUAGAACUUACCUAGAAUUCGUUCUUCACUGGGAAGAAAAAGGACAAAAGCAUCUCCCUCCCAGUCUCACUCACCAGUCUGCACAGUUACGUGUAGCGAGUAGUACAAGGUCUGGCCAGAAGACUUGUAAAUAGCGUGAGGUGAUGUCUUAUGACCAAACAGUGGGAUGUACAGGUCGAGAAGCUCCCUGAAGCCGUCAGCUCAGCUCAGCUCACAAGCCUGAGUUUAAAAAGGUGCCAGUCUCCCCUCCACACGUUAAUACUGUGCGGUCCAGACCCCUAGGACUCCUGAACAUCCGGGCAGUUUUGUGCUUUGAGCCACUUUUUGACAGAAAUGGCUCCAUUUUUCCACUCUGGUUUUCUUAAAAUAGUUCAGUGUUUUAUAGUCUCCUGGUAGUAAAGUAGUAUUGCUUUCUAAGCUGCAACAGUUGACUUUAUUCUUCUACUCUGAAAAAUCUUGACUUGUUUGAGUGUAUAUAAUAUAUAUAAAGGGAGCCUUAAUGGAUUUGUUUUCAUAAUUUAAUAUUUUUUGUAUUUGCUCUUGUAUAAUUGUUUUUAAUGGAAAGUAUUACAGAACUGAGGGUGGAAUUCUUAGAACCAAAGUUAUUCUUAAUAAAAAUCACCACGCGCUUGGACCACG